AUGGAAUGCCCAUGCGAAUUCACAGGAGCCAACUUUAUGAGUCGAAUGAUUAAGGAACUGUGCAGCAUCUUGGGCAUAUCCCAGUCAAGAACUACACCAUACCAUCCAAUGUGUAAUGGGAUGACAGAACGCUUCAACAGGACUCUACUCAACAUGCUUGGGACACUGAAGCCAGAUCAGAAGUACGACUGGAAAGGAUUUGUCGGUCCACUUGUUCAUGCAUACAAUGCAACAAGACAUGAAUCAACGGGCUACUCCCCAUUUUACCUGAUGUUUGGUAGAGAAGCACGACUACCCAUCGACCUUGCCUUUGGGAUUGAGAUUAACAAGGACAAGCAGACACUGACGUCCUAUGUCAAAGCCCUGAAGACAAGGUUGGAACAGAGCUACAAGAUCGCCACAUCUGCAUCAAGGGAAGCCCAGAAGAAACAGAAGACAGGGUAUGAUGUCAAAGCCAGAGGUGCAACAGUCCAGUCUGGAGAUCGCGUCCUGGUGAAGAUUCUAGCCUUUGAGGGAAAGCACAAGCUCUCUGACAAGUGGGAAGAGGAUCCGUACAUAGUUCUUUCUCAGCCAAACCUGGGCAUACCGGUGUUUGUUGUGAAGAAAGAAAACGGAGAAGGAAGGAACAGAACUUUACAUCGUAACCUCCUCUUACCCAUAGGAUCUUUACCAGUUGAAAGAAUUGAAGAAGAGCCAACAGCGCCGACUCCAGGACCAGAGAACCCUAAAGUACCAGAAACAGAGACAGAAACAUCAGUGUCGGAUCAAGAUGAGCGUGGGUCCAUCUCAAGCCUGCUUGUUGAACUUCCAACGGAGCCUGAUGAUGAUGAUACCACUGUCAUCAACGCAGAAUCCUUGGAACGAGAUUCUACCUCACAGUUGGAGGGUGACGAUCUGACGACUGGAGAGGUAGGCAGCCAUUCUUCUGGUGGCGACGGCCACAUGCCACGGGAAUCAGAGAACCCUGGAACAGGAGAAGCGGAUGCAAGAGAAGAAGAAGCAGCAGAUGCUAAUGUCAGCGAAGAACAGGACACAGACCCAGUGGUAGGAGCCACUGCUCCUGUCCCAUCAGAUGACCGACCAAGGCCAAGACCCAAGCCACCACCAAGGAAAUCACUCCGGCAGAGACGGCCACCGGAGUGGCAGCGCUCAGGAGAUUAUGUGAUGAGUCAGACAACAUCAGAGGACAGGGAUGAUCGAACUCAACUCAUCGAACAGCUUGCGGCUGCUGGCAUCUUUGAGCGAAUUGGUGGUGCGAUGUCACAGCUCAUUGUCACCUUACUUAAUAACACCAGCAAAUGACGAGGACGUCAUUUGGGUGCAGGGGGAAGUAUGUGGCAGGCUCAUUUAUGUACAUACUUUUAAUUCAGAUUUAUUAGUAAGUAGUAAGGUUAUAUGGCCUUGUUACCAUUUUAACUGAUUAGUUUAUUACGAUAUCUAUAUUAUAAGAAGAUAUUAUUAGUUAUAAUAUAAGUUAUGUUUUAUACCUUAGUAUUUUAUACCUUAAACAUUCAUUCCAUAGCUCUGUAACAUUAAGUAAGCUUACUCUCAGUCUAACUUCCACUAAUUGUCACACUGCAUGCUUUUGACUUACAGCACUCUUUGCCCCAGCGCGCCCCGGCCCAGUCUAUUGUCUUGUUGAUAGGCCAAGCUGGCCACAGCUACAACAAUGUUUGUUGUUGAAUUUUAGAAAAUCAGUUGCUAUUUGUCACCUCAAGGAAAGACUCUGCGAGAUUUAUUGCUGCUUUCAUUUCUAUGUGAGGAUUUGGAUUUGUAGAAGGAUUUAUUCAUAUUUAAGGUUAGUUGGUUAUUUAUUUUAUGAUGUUGUAUAUAUGGAUGUUUUCUAAUUAUUGCGAUUUGAAAUAAUAUAUAUUGUAGAAUGCAUUCUUAAUUUGAUUUAUUAGAAACAUAAUGCAUCUUGUAUAUAUUUAUAGUGCUUGAUGAACUUGCAGUUCAGUGAGUAAUUAUUAUCUGAAUAAAACAGUAUUAAACACAAAAACCUAACUCUAUAUAAACUAAGUAAUAUAAACCCCUCUGGACAGUAAUGGAAAGUAAAUGUAUGUCUGUAUGCUUGAUGUAUGUUUGAAAUGAGUGGCUGUUGUACUAUAUAUUUUAUACACUAUUUUACCAUAGGAUAUCACUUGUAUAUAGUAUUCUGCAUUUGUAUUUCUUUUUUACGCAGAUUUCUCAGUAGCAACGUUCACCGUUCGAUCAUUGUCAUGGUAUUACAAGUUCAGGUAUCACCUAUCUGACUGAAAUUAAGUGCGUACAUUCGCACCUAUAAUACAAUAAACGUCAUCAGCCUCA